UUUCAGCCGGCUAGGUGCUGCCCUGCGGAGAAAGGCAUGCUGGGAUAGCAGUCAUGGCGGUAUGUUUUGAAGAGGAAGCUAACAUUAGCAGUUAGCAGUGAAGAUGCAGAGGGCAGUCUCCAGUUUGUCUUUCAGUCCCAGUGUGAAGGUGAAACUGGUCAGCGCUGGUUUCCAGUUCACCUCAGACCUGCUGCACCUUGAACCGCGACAACUCAGCAAAGAGGCUGGUCUGUCCCAGCAGGAGGCGCAGGAGGUGCUGCAGGCUGUGACGAGAGCAGGAGAGGGGGUGUCAGCCGCUCUGACAGCUCUGGAGCUCCUGCAGAAAGAGGAGGAGACGAGGAGCAUCGUGACCUUCUCCUCUCAGCUGGACGCUGCUCUUGGAGGAGGAUUUCCUAUCGGGAAAACAACAGAAAUAUGUGGAGUUCCAGGAGUUGGAAAAACACAACUGUGCCUGCAGCUGGCGGUGGACGUCCAGGUGCCCCAGUGUUUUGGGGGGGUCGGAGGUCAGGUGAUGUACAUUGACACUGAGGGCAGCUUCCUGCUGCAGAGAGUCAUCGACAUGGCCACCGCUGCCGUCAGACACUGCUCCCUAUUGGUCGAAGAUGACGAGCAGCGUGUUGCCAUGACGACCUUCACUGUGGAGACCAUUCUGUCCGACAUCUUCCUGGUACGUUGCAAUGACUAUAUGGAGCUGCUGGCCGAGCUCCACCUGUUGCCUGACUUCCUGUUAAACCACCCGAGGGUCCGCCUCCUGGUGAUUGACAGCGUUGCUUUUCCAUUCAGACAGUUUGACGACCUGUCGCAAAGGACACGCCUCCUCCAAGGCCUUGGCCAACAGCUAGUCGCCAUGGCAUACAGACACCAUGUGGCCGUGGUGAUCACCAACCACAUGACCACACGGCUGCGGGGCAGCCAAUCACAGCUUGUCCCUGCCCUUGGGGAGAACUGGGGCCAUGCCCCCACAAUCAGGCUCCUCCUACAGUGGGCGGGGUCACAACGACUUGCGGCCAUUUUAAAAUCUCCAGGUCAUGUGGACACCACCGUCCAAUACCAGAUUUCUUCUGAUGGGUUCAGAGAUGCCGACCAAUCAGAGCUGCCACAGAACAAGCGGCCCCGAACACAUGCCAACCAAUCAGCUGCCAGUCAGCAGGACUCCUGCUGUUGAUUGGUCAGAGCAUUUCUGUAUUUAUCUUCAAUGAAGAACGUGUAGAUGUGUAAAAUAACAUUUAUCUGACAGCUAGACAGAUGAACAUAAACAUAUGAUCAGAUGAUAAAGUAUAAUUGUUACUGUAUAUUAAUGGCUAUGCACUCACACAGGUGUGUAACAGGUGCAGCUCCUGUACAUGGGAGUUGUAGUUGUCUUCAAGCUUUUCUGGACAAAAAGUUUGAAAUAAAAAUAUAUGAAUGAAUGAAUUUAAUCAAUUAAUACAACAGGAUUCAAACCACAACCUCCAGGAUGACAGUCUGGUAUGUGAUACUGGUGCGGACUGUGUCGCUCUUUAUACGAUCUCACCUGAUUUCUAAAGCAUUUCUGGCAGAGAUUCAAAUUUGUGACUAAAGGAAGGAACAGCAGUGAUGUUAUUACUGACCAACACACAUUGUAUGAAGCUUGUGUUUAGAGUAUAUGGAGAAAUUAAAAAUCACCUGGAAGGAAACAAAUUAUUUGAAUCCAGUUUAUACUGAGGUGAACUUCAACCUCUUGUGGCUGAAAUCAAUAUUACAACAACAUACACAGACACAACUGAUGUGUUAAUCAGUGAAUAAGUGGUCCACUUUGAGUGGUCAAUAAAACAAUAGCUCCAGUUUCUGUUCUGUUUAAUAAUUAUAAAUGUGAAAGUUUUUAUGUCAUGUCUGUUGGUCCAAUUCAAGUGUUCAGAAAUGUGAUUUUAGUUUGUUUCACUUUACAAAAUCUAAACCUCAUGAAACAUGUAAAUAAUUAUGAUUGUUUGACUCUGACUUGCUGCUCAACAUGGACUGACAGUGACUUCAGGUGGAGAAUAAACAGACUGAUGUCAAAACUA